CCUUGGCCUCCUCCUGCCUCCUCAAAGAGAGUUCGAGAUCGCAGCUGCCUACAGACCACCAGCAAAGCAACCGCCACCGACGUUCCAAGAAGCGUAACCGACCAUGAUGAUGAUGGGAGAGGGAGCGCACGCGCCGCCGUGGCAGCAGCAGCAGCAGCCGGCGGCCAGCGCCGGCAUGGUGGACGGGGACGACGCGUCGCCGUACAGCCUCCUGGUGGCGCUGCGGCAUUUCCUACCGUCGAACGAGGCCGCGGCGGCGGCGUACGACGAGGACGACGAGGAGGCCCUGGCCGCGGUGGACGCCUACGCCUGCGACGAGUUCCGGAUGUACGAGUUCAAGGUGCGCCGGUGCUCGCGCGGGCGGAGCCACGACUGGACGGACUGCCCGUACGCGCACCCGGGGGAGAAGGCCCGCCGCCGCGACCCCAGGCGGUACCACUACUCCGGCACCGCCUGCCCGGACUUCCGCAAGGGCGGCUGCAAGCGCGGCGACGCCUGCGAGUUCGCGCACGGGGUGUUCGAGUGCUGGCUCCACCCGUCGCGCUACCGGACGCAGCCCUGCAAGGACGGCACCGCCUGCCGCCGCCGCGUCUGCUUCUUCGCGCACACGCCGGACCAGCUCCGCGUCCUGCCGCCGCAGCAGUCCAGCGCCAGCCCCAGGGGCGCUGGCGCCGCGCCGUCGCCGCUCGCCGAGUCGUACGACGGCUCGCCGCUCCGCCGCCAGGCCUUCGAGAGCUACCUCACCAAGACCGGCAUCAUGUCCUCGUCCCCGACCAGCACGCUCGUCUCGCCGCCGAGGUCGCCGCCCUCCGAGUCCCCGCCAAUGUCGCCGGACGCCGCCGCCGGCGCGCUCCGCCGCGGCUCCUGGCCGGGGGUCGGCUCGCCCGUCAACGAGGUCCUCGCCUCGCUGCGCCAGCUCCGCCUCGGCGGCGGCGGCUCGCCGAGGUCGGCGCCGUCCGGCGGCUCGUUCUUGGCCGGCUACCCGUUCGGGUCCCCCAAGUCCCCGGCCGCGCUGUACAGCCUCCCGUCCACCCCGACCCGGCCGGCCCCGGUGACGGUGACCACCCCCUCCGGCGCCACCGUCAUGACCGUGGAGCGCCUCAACCUUGGGCUCAUCAUCGGUGACGAGGAGCCGGUGAUGGAGCGGGUGGAGUCCGGGAGAGCCCUCCGCGAGAUGGUGUUCGAGCGGCUCAGCAAAGAAGCCACCGUGCCCAACGACGCCGCCGCCUCCGCCAACGCUGAGGGCGCUGCCCCAGCCGCCGCCCCGGACGUCGGCUGGGUCUCCGACCUCAUAAACUGAUGAGGGAGCUCGAGAAGCCAGCACCAUCCGUGGCUCCUCUGAACAUUGUCCAUCUAUGGUAAGUGGGGGAAGAACCUGAGAGGCAGCGCUGCACAACAGGGGAAGAAAAUCCAAAAGCAAAACAAAAAAAAAGAUCCGAGUUAUUUUUUCUUCUUAUUUCCAAGAUUCUCCUGAUCCUUGUACAUAUAUGUUCUUCCUUCCUAUGUGAAUAUUCUUGGAUGGUUGUUGGAGGGAGGGGAGGCAGAGAAGGGUUGAUUUGUUUUGGGGCUUCAGAUGGUGGCAUGUCAGUGGAGGGAGAAGGAGACAAGUUGCCAACAAAAACAUGGUAGAAAUGGGUGAAGAUGCGGCGAACCACCGUGUAUAUGGGUUGUGUAGAUGUGCAUAGUGUCUGGUGUUCGUGUGUGUGUGUGUGUGUGUGUGUGUGGAGGUGGAGCAUGGGAGGCGACCAUGGCGGCGAUCCAAGACUGAAGAAGGUGACCGGAUCCUGCAGAUCCACGCCGCCGGCAGCCCGGCCGCGCCUCCGGUGACCUCGCCGGGAGGCAGCCCGGGGAGCUUCUAAUUUCUACGACCGAUUCGAACGUCCUAAGUUGAUGUUUACUGCUAUUUCUUAUUCCGCCGUUGAUUCACUCUGUAUUUUGCCCAAUGUAUUUUCCUUAAUUGAUACACUGCCUAGUACGAGGCGUCGUGUACCUUUGCACCAUGUACUAUUUUUGCUGAUAAGGAAUCAAAAUCGCCCAUGUUAAUUACUCCA